AUACAUACAAAUACAGAUACAUCGCGUUUGCCGAAUGAUAUGUCAUUUUUCGUUUUUCUACUAAAUUGAUUCAAUUAUUUUUAUUAAAAACACGAGUGAAAAUAGUGAAUAAAUAUUAAAUAUGUCGAUCUUGGCGUACAAUGGAGGCGCGGUGGUAGCUAUGAAGGGCAAGGACUGCGUAGCGAUCGCGACAGACAAGCGAUUCGGUAUCCAAGCGCAGACAGUCUCCACAAACUUCCCCAAGGUGUACCAAAUGGGCCCCACACUGUUUGUGGGUCUACCCGGGCUUGCUACAGACACACAGACUGUGUUCCAGAGACUUAAGUUUAGAAUGAACCUAUAUGAGCUGAAAGAAAACAGAAUCAUGAAGCCUAAGACCUUCUCUGCAAUGCUGUCCAAUGUCCUGUAUGAGAAGCGAUUCGGGCCAUACUUCAUCGAACCAGUGAUUGCAGGCCUAGACCCUUAUGACAACACACCAUAUGUGUGCAAUAUGGAUCUGAUUGGCUGCCCCAACGAGCCCGAAGACUUUGUAGUAUCAGGAACUUGUUCUGAGCAGCUGUAUGGUAUGUGUGAAGCCCUGUGGGAGCCUAAUCUGUCACCUGAUGAACUGUUUGAAACCAUCUCGCAGGCGCUAGUGAACGCGGCGGACCGUGACGCGAUCUCCGGUUGGGGCGCUGUGGUGUACAUCAUAGAGAAGGAUAAGAUCACUGAGAAGCACGUCAAGACGAGGAUGGACUAAUUAGAUGGUUAUUGUGGUGGCACGUUUCGUAAUAAAAUUAUUUUAAAAUCGUA